AUGAAGUUCUUUGCUCUCUUUCUUGUGGUAGCUGUAGCCUUCGAGGCUGUCUUAGGCCAAUGCCUUAGACCAUGUGCCCCGAAUGUCGUCACUAUUGCGGGUCCUGGUUGCUUACCUGAUGCUGAAAUUUUUUACUCGCCAGCUGUUGCUACAAGCCCCGCAAUCAUUCAGUCAAACUGCUUAGCUGCUAACUUAGCGGAUACACUGUCACUUCUUACUGUAAGUUCAUUACUGGCCGAAAAACUGCCGCUUGGUUGUCCAUCUGGAUGUGGAUGCGGAUGUGGAUGCAGAUGUGGAUACGGAUGUGGAUGCGGAUGCGGAUGCGGAUGUGGAUAUGGUCCUUAUGGAUAUGCCCUUUAA